ACCUUCCUACCCCGAUGGCGCUUAGUUCCGUUUGACAGAAAUACGUCCAAAUGUUGAUCUCGAAAUGGGGCUAGAGCUAAUAAAUUCCUUUAUUCCACGUGCGUGAAAAUUUUAAUCUUCAUGUAUCACGUUAUCGUCAACCCGAGUAUGAAACUCCUUCAUUUAUCGGAGUAUGCAAUACCACUCCGUCGUGUAGGAAUAGUUGCGGAUCGCUCGAUACUGUGACCAAAUGAAGGAGCUGGGAUUUUGGUCACGGUUGGCAACAGGGUCACAGCGAGCUGCAGCUGCGGCGCGGGCGGGCAGUGGCGGACGCAGUGUUGCCGCUGUUCGUUCUAAUUACGUUGUGUCCCCGGGGAAAUUGGAGGGAUUUUCGAUGUAAAGGGCAGCGCCGGACGGGCGGCGGCGACGCGACGCUGCGGGUCGGAGCGCCGUCGUCGCGCGUCGCGCCGGUUGAAAUUCAAAAUAGUCGUUGAUUCACUGUCGAGGCGGGCGUGCGUCGCGUCGCUCCCAGCUGCUGCGUUCUUUGUUUCUUUGUUUACCUUCCCGCGGUCCAGCAUGGAGUUCUCCGUCAACGCGCUCAUAGCCGAGGUGCAGAAAAGGCCUCACCUCUGGAAUGUGCACCACAAGCUGUACCACGAUCGCCAGAGGACCGACGAUGGAUGGGCCGAUGUCGGACGGAGCCUCAACCUUCCCAAGGAAGUAGUCAAAUCCAAAUGGAAAAAUACGCGGGACCACUUCAACAAAGAGUUCAAGAAGAUCCUGUCCUCGAAUGCUCAAACGAUGGAAGAUGCUGGCAUUGCAUAUCGUGGCAAGUGGCCUUACUUUCGGGAGAUGCUCUUUCUCAAAGACAAAGAAAGACUUGCUGAGCUUGAAGAUGAUAGUAAUGAAACCCAUGAUGAUUUUUACCGAUCGCCACAGGAAGAUGAAAGGACGCGGCAACCUCCUCCACCACAGUUGUACCAUGCAGACACUUCAGUCCCUGACCUCAACUUCGAUACAUUCGUGCCAACUCUGGACAGCGCCCCACCUCAGCUGUCUCGGAAACGCCGCAAAAAUGCGGAGGAAGAGGACCUCUAUGAAAGGUUUUUAGCCAUAGAGCAAGAAAAGUUAGAAUUUUUAAGGACUGCUAAAGAGAUGAUGGACCUUGAUGAUGAUAUGCAUUUUGUCAAGUCCUUGGUGCCAUUUUUGAAACAGUUGUCACCGCUAGCUAAGCUGAGUGUCCGCUCUAAAAUUCACCGGGUUAUUGCAGAAGAACUCAGGGGUCAGCGUGGAUUUGAUCGUUUUGACCGGUUUGCAGAAUCCACAUUGCCUCAUCCAACCUCACUCGUGGCAGCCGUCUAUGAUCGCCCUCAAAGUUCCACUCCGUGAUUCUCGUAGUGUGCCAGUAGCGAGAGGCUGCUGGUCACAAGAUUUCUUCUUGAGUUAAAGCGACUCCUAUUCCAUAGCAAGGAACUGGGUUUUUGUUUCGACCACAUCUUGUUAUUUUUAUGUAUAUAUAAAUAUUUCACAAAAUCCGAUUUUCUUGGGCACAUUAUUUGUUUGCCUGCAGUACUGAUAACGGAUUUUAUUUGUUACUGUGUAAGCUAAUCCUGUUAUCUCAUUAAGAAAUAGAUAUUAAGAGCUCCCUUUUAUCUCUUUCCCAAAAUUGUAAUUAGGUUUUCUCGUCUCAUGUUAGUUUAAAACAAACUAUAAUCCAAGUAGAAUUUUCUAAAAAUCACAGAUCUAUCAUAUGUCAAUAGGAUGCAUGUAUUUUACCAUUUAAAUUCAAAUGCUAUCCUUCGUUUUUAUCCAAUAGAAAUUGUUUGGUGUUUAUCGAUUCUACCCAUCCAGAUUCUUCAGUAGUGGCAGCCAUGAGCACAAUGGUACUCUAAUGUGUAUAAUUCUUUCGUUUUUCACUCUAAUUCAACUUUUGUCGUUGCCCACCGAAUUUUGUUUCAUCUCAAUUCCCUUUUCUCAACCUUGUGGAGAAGAGCACAAAGAGGCAAAUACAAAAAGAAAAAUCACAAAGUUCAAGAAAUAACACUUAAUAGUAUUAGCUUUCCCUUCAAGAAUAAAAAUCAAGAAACGCAGCUUAAAAGAUAUGGAGAUCAGAAUUCUUUAAAUUUUACCGUUUGCCGUUUCAUCUUAGCAUGUAAAUUUCCUUGAAAAAGUUCAAUAUUUUUGUAUCAGUUGGUACUCGGAUUGUAUUGAAACUUGUUGCAUCUGAUCAAGUAUGAAAAUUUCUUAUCAGAAAGGAUUUUUCAAACGCUGAUGAUAAUUUACUGACUCAGUAAAGAAACAAUAGAGACUUCAAAAAUUAGCCUCUAAUUUUGAUUUAUAAUUGAAACUUAUACAAGAACAUCUAUUUUAAUUUAAUAAUUUAUUAUCUGAGACUUCAGCAUCCACUCUGUUUUAUGUUAGAUGUGCCUUGUAUCUCUUAAAUUUAAAUUAAGUCUUUUUUUUUUAAGUGUAGCCAAGAUCUGUGAUAAAGCUUGUGUUAUUUUGAUUUAAAGGAUAAAUUGCUUGUCUAAAUAUCUUUUUAAUACCUUAGUAUUUCUUAAAUUAAGUGUAUAUAUUUUGGAGAGAAAACGCAGCACUCUGAUGUUAAUAAAUAUUCAAAACUUCUUAAAUCUC